GGUCAAAUAUAGGCUAUCAAAGUGUGAAAAGUCUCUCUGCAUGUGCUUGUGAGUAUCAAAGUCGGCUAAAAGUAGAAACGAUAAGAGUAAUAAUAAUGGUACACAGCUACUUGUGUCCUGAAAGAUAUAGAAGUCGUCAGAACAAGAACAGGCAUCAGUUGUGUUGAGAACUGUUAUACUUAUUCUUGGAUGCAAAUUUGUGUUGGAAAAUGUACUGCAUUGAUUCCUCGGACAGUAAGAUUACUGUUCAGCACAUGUAACUGUGAAAGGGGAGGGAGGAGUAGAGAGAGAGAGACAGAGACUAAGGCGAUUAGGAGGCUUCUCUUCUCAUGCCAGUCAGAGCAUUUCCGAUGGAAGUCCUUCAUUCUCACUUUGAGCUAUUGGUGAAUUCUCCAACAAGAGUUAGAUUGGUUCACAGAGCAAGUCAAGUGGAGAAAAAAUGGUGAAAAAAAACAAGCUUGGGUAUGUAUAUGAUAAUCAGAAUCCGAGGGUGGAUAAAAGUACAACCGGUUCUUGAAGAGCAGUGGAUAUGAUAUGGAAAAGGUCUUUGACUGGUUCGAGUGGGUUUCUUCAUUACUCGUGUCAAUAACUGGAGUUUAGGAUUACCAUUCAUUAUGUGACAGUCUCAUUCUGGAUCCUACAAGAUUUUUGUUUUUGUGUUCCACCAGUCGGGUAGUUAAAUGGUGCUAAUAACUGAAAAUGGUGUUGCAGGAGUUGUACAUCUGGUCAAAGAUCACCAAUAUGGCACCAGUGUCAACCAAGCAAGAGGCUGGAACAAUGAGUCCUUCAUACAGAGCUCCAAUUCUGUGGAGCCAACAGAGGACUCUUAUUAUGCAGAUGAUGAAGACCACCAUCUUUAUGAUGAUGAUGAUGAUGAUGAUGACGACAUCUACCAAGAGUUUGAGGAGUUGGACUUUUCUGAACUACCGGAUAGCAAGAGCAUUGUGUCAGACGAUUCCUUCUACCCACCUGAUGAUUCGCUCAACUUUGAAAAAUGCCCGAGUCCUGAGAGCCCCGAGCCACUCAGCUUCUUCAAAGCAUGCUGUUCAAACAAUGCCAUCAUCGUCAAAAUCAUGAUAAGACAAGGUGUGACAGAGGAGGAGGUGCGAGAGGUGGACAAAAAUAACAGAACAGGUCUGAUUGUGGCGUGUUACCAGGGCUAUGUGGAUGUGGUCAUUGCACUUUCUCAGUGUCCAUAUGUGGACGUGAACUGGCAGGAUAAUGAAGGGAAUACAGCUCUCAUGACUGCUGCACAAGCAGGUCACAGUAUGAUUACCAACUACCUGCUGAACUAUUUUCCCGGGCUUGACACUGAGCGCAGGAACUGCCACGGCUUCACUGCAAUGAUGAAAGCAGCCAUGCAGGGUCGAGCCGAAUGCGUGCGGUCUCUCAUGAUGACAGGGGGAGACAUUGAAGCAAGGGACUUUGGCCGUAAGCUGACUCCAUGGGAAUGGGCCAUGUUCACGGGCCGCUACGAGACCGCCAAAUUGAUAUCCCGACUGAUGGAACAGCCAUGUGCUGAACAGUUUUGUGACUCUUACCGCAUGGAGUGGCCUAUGCUAAGCGAACUGGUGACCCAAUCAAAGGAGCCCAAGUCCUGCUGGAAGAAGUUCUCCGAGUGUGUCUGUAACUUGUUCUCCAUCAGCAUGAAGACCAACCCCGUAGAUGAAGGCGUCAUGGACUACAUGGUGCGCAUGACCACAGCGCUAGCCAGCCCACUCAUAGCCACCGCCUGCCACACUGUGUGCCCGGGCAGCCCUCCGUGUGUUGGAAAACGUCGCCCUGCUGUACAGGACAUCCUCCGCAGACAGCGUCUUGCUGAGCUGAAGAAUCUGGGGCCUGAUCGCUUCAACAACUACAAGCGGCUCUUCCAGAACUCCAGGGUGCUGCUGGUGCCGAAGAAGCAGGAACGGCGCGCCAGUCUGCAGCCACAGUUACUGCAUAGCGUAGCGAUGGCCUCCAGCGUGGCCCUGAGGAGAAGCAGUCUGCUGCCCCUACACAUGAUGCGCAGAAGCAGUGUGCGUCCUGGAAUGGUGGUACCUAAAGUCAUGCUGUGUAAAGCUCCUAGCCCCAUGUACAUGCCGGAGCGGCCGCCGCGCAGGGCUUCAAAAGACUCGUCACAACUACAGAUCCCUAAAUGGAGGUACAAAGCUCUGAAGGAGGAGAAGAAGAAAGCUGAAAAGAUGGAUAGGUUGAGAAUCGGGAGGAAAAAGUGAUGUGGCUUUUGAUGCCUUAAUGUUUUUUAAGGAUGUUUUCCUCUGGGAAGGCUUGUGUUCUGUGUGAGGGUCAGCACAAAUUGUACACUACUCUUUUAAGACUGCCAUGGACUUCACUCCUCAGUUCUAUAAUCUUUAGUCUGAUACAUUAUUUUUAAGUGAUAAUAAUUCUAAUUUACAGAAUCACCUGACAUAAUGUUUAUUUCAUCUUUGAGCCAAGUCAUACUUGAAAUUUGAUGCACAGAAAUUUUUAUUUCUGUUUUUUAUAUUGCUCUGAAAUUUAUGAAAGGGAGUGUUAUAUAGAGAAGCUAUAAUAAAUAACAUUAUUAUCAAGGACGUUCAUAACACCGAAAUAAUGCAAUAGACCAUAGUCAGGUUAGACACCAUAUUGAAUUUAACACAGAUGAAGACGAGGCUGUAAGGGAUAGACAGUCUUUGCAAGAACUGUAUAAAGGUCCUAGAUCACAUAAUUUUCACAACUCACAACAUUUAAAACUGUUUUAUGGUGUUUUUUCCCCCCUGGAAAGACAUUCAUGAGCUGAACAAUUUGAUUGUUGUUAAACAACAGUACAAUCCAUUGAACGCAAUGUAUUAUGUCCCUCACAGACUCGUUUUCGUUCCUCUCAAUAAAAAAAAUGGCGCUACCCUGACUAACGUCUACAGUCUCUUAUGUUCAGAGCCAGUGGGUGGAGCUUGAUAUCCAGCCCCGCCCCGGGCCGUAUAUGGGUGGAGCUUGAAGGUCCAGCCACACCCUAACCUUACCCCACCAAAUAGGUCCAGCCAGAGCCGUUGAAAAACAUAUUUAACGGCUCUGGGUCCAGCGAGGGGGAGUUGGACAUCAUUUGCCUUUGCAGUGAGCACCACUCGUGUUCAAACCGGGUGACGAAUUAAUUUGAUAAUGAAAUGAGAUAUUAUUGACAAAAAAGUAAACUCUUUAAAUAAGAAAACAGGGGUCUUUUUUCAGUUUGUAAAGAGAAACAUAUUUAAAUCAGCUCAAAUAGACAGUGCUAGAGAGAGCUCGUACUCGUAGUCACAUAUUGGUGGAGAUUUGAAAUAUACGGUUUGUUAUUAGACAUGUCAGUGAUAAAUAUGUCAAACUAUAGCGUUAAAAUCCUUUAAUAACAAAGCAGUCAACGUUAUAAGGGGUGCACCCGUACCAGCAAUGCAGAGUGUUGGGCAGUAAACUUCCAGUAGGGGUCAGUAUUACAUCUAGUCAGUUAAGGUAAGGUUCUCAAAACACACAAUCCAGACAUGUGGCCAUUUCCGCUCUCAAAAUGCAUUUCUUUAAUAUUCGUAUCUAACGACACGGUCUUACACACUUACAUUAGCAAUAAAAUCAACACUCACAUCAUAACAUCACCACAUUUCUAUGCAUCAAACUGAGCUGUAGAUGGAUUAAUAAUCUUAUUACGCAUUAGCAUUGAUGAGAUUGAAAUGAAUGGACGUGGAGGGCUUGGUGUUUCAGAGCUGUAGGCAUGAUAUGUCGUUUAGCGCCUGUCACACUUUUUUAUACUGCAGACUGGUUCUCAGGACAAAGUGAGAAGCACAUACCCUGUCAAUGUCAAAAUAACUCUCUGUGGGGAAAAUGGUAAUGAAACAGUCGUGAUGAAACCCUAACAGGAGCUCGCAGCUUGCCCGCCUAGCCUCUGAUAGCUAUCUAGGAAUUCUAUCAAAAAUACAAUAAAUUGAAAACUCACGCCAGUACAAGGUAACAGAAAUCUCUUAUGUGUUAGUGCUGAUGUCUAGAACACAAUAAAUGCUGUUGACUAAAUCAAUACAAAAUACAUAGAAAAAUCAGUGCUGUUAAAGUGUUGAAAGCAUCUUUUUAAAUAAAAAAAUAAAGUGGUUUGGA